CGCGACAGGAGUACGUGCUAAUAGCUCACACCUAAUCCCCUUGCAAAAGCCACGUUUCGACGCCCAAAGGCGCCGAUCAUGAAUUCAUGAUGGUGCCCUUUCAAUCAAUCACUCCACUGAUUCCCUCGCCACCAUGGUAGAGUAUUGUGAUGCUCGGCAUCCGAUGCCCUACCUUUCUUCUCGUCCUCCUUAUCUCCCGGCAUAAUAUCAUACUCCGUGUGAGGUGUGACCCUCUUCCUCGGCUCCCCUGUUCCUAUCUCUCUCGAAGCUCCGCGGCGCGAUGCAUGACUGGGCGCCGGCGAUCAUAGCGACGACACUGUUCGCCCUGCUGUGCCCGGGAGGGAUCCUCCAGCUGCCCGGCCGGCAGCGGACGGUCGACUUCAUGAACCUCAGGACCAGCUGUCUGUCCAUCCUCGUCCACGCCGUCAUCUACGGGGUGCUGCUCAUGCUCUUCGUCGUCAUCUUGCCGGCUCAUCUCUACGUCUGAUCUUAUCUUACUAUGUGUGCUUCAUGGCGCUUCUUAUUCUCUCUCUGCUUUUCCUAUGUACUCUAGUACUCGAGUUUGGUUUAGUAAAACUAGAUGCUCAGAGGAUGCAUAAUUCUGUUUUGCGCGUGUGUAUCGCUGAGCUUCCGUUUUGGACUCGUAAAAGAAUAAUUCUUAUCUGACAUCUGAGCUUCCGCUAUUUUCAGGCGAAUGAUGUUCUUUUGGCCAGUUAAGAUAAUUCUUAUGGAGUGAAAUUUAUAUUA